GCGGGCCGCGGGUUGCCAUGGAGGAGCUGAGCGCGGCGCUGGCGGCGGGCGUGGGGCUGGCGGCGCCCUGCAGCCCGGCCGCGCCGCACCCGCGCCUGGCCGCCUACAAACCCCGCGGCGGCCAGGGCCAGGCCGAGCGCCGGCAGCGCCUGCUCCGCAUCCAGAGAGAGAGGCGGCUGGACUACGUGAACCAUGCCAGGAGGCUGGCGGAGGAUGACUGGGCCGGCGUGGAGAGCGAGGGCGAGGAAAAGGAAGGGGAAGAUGCGGAGGAAGAGGCGAUGGACGUGGAUGCUGGCAAAAAGCUGCCCAAGCGCUACGCCAAUCAGCUGAUGCUGUCAGAGUGGCUGGUGGAUGUCCCCUCAGACCUGGAGCAGGAGUGGGUAGUGGUGGUGUGUCCCGUCGGGAAAAGGGCUCUUGUGGUGGCCUCCAGGGGCACAACAGCAGCUUACACCAAGAGUGGCUUUUGUGUGAACAGGUUCCCAUCCCUGCUGCCGGGGGGAAACCGGCACAACUCAACCGGUGACAAAGUGUACAGCAUCCUGGACUGCAUCUACAACGAGGCCAAACAGACCUACUACAUCCUGGACGUGAUGUGCUGGAGAGGACACCCCGUUUAUGACUGCCAGACUGACUUCAGAUUCUUCUGGCUCUCCUCAAAAAUCCAAGAGGAGGAAGGGCUGGGAGAGAAAAGCAGGAUUAAUCCGUACAAAUUUGUGGGUCUGCAGAACUUCCCCUGCUCCUCGGACAGCCUGUGUGAGCUGCUGGCUACAGACUUUCCCUUUGAGGUGGACGGGCUGCUCUUCUACCACAAGCAGACGCACUACACGCCCGGCAGCACCCCGCUGGUGGGCUGGCUGCGGCCCUACAUGGUGCCCGAGAUCCUGGGGCUCGCCGUGCCCCCCACCGCGCUCACAGCCAAGCCCGACUACGCCGGGCGGCAGCUCCAGCAGAUCAUCGAGAGCAAGAGGAGUAAAAAGCUGGCGGAGGAGCAGGGCCACCCCAGCGGGCAGGAGGCCGCGAGGAACGGACGCUACGAGCUGGAACACUUGUCCACCCCGCAGCCAGAAAAGUCUCCAGGGGGCCGGGGUGGAGCAGUGAGCCAGAUGGAGAGCUAAACUGCUGGGCAGGGAGCAGGGAAAAGGCUCCCUGCUUCUCACUGUGCCUCUGGGAGGGUGCAGAGGAAUGAUGAUAGGAUGGCUUUGUUUAAAGGGCAUGACAGUGGAGUGUCUUGCCCCAGGUGCUGCUGGAUUUUUUUUUAUUUGUCAUUAUUACAUACUUUUUUUUUUGUCAGGACUUCUGUGAGGCCUUAACAGGAUUGUUCUUCGCUAAAGCAGUUGUGUGUUGGGAAAUGAUCUGUCAGCAUAGCACAGGGAUGCAGUUCAGCUCCUGACCCUGCUUCUAUUAGAGUCUUGGCAAAACUCCAGCAUAGGAACAGUGCUUGGACCUCUGAGGUGCAGCUGCUGCUUGUGACCCUUGCAGCAGCCCCACCUUCCCAAGCCCUGGAAAUCGGGGCUUCUCAGCCUUUGAUCCAGCUGUUUUCUGAGGCCUUUUCAGUGAAAGUUGUUACUGACAAGAAGUUUGCAGUGAGCUGCUGUAAAUCCAAAGGCUGGAUUUUCGGCACCCACGCGUUCUUGGGAAAAUCUAAAUUUCCCUGCGUUGCAGCAGGACCUGCCUCGGAACGGGGCUUUGUGCGGCACAAGCACGGCAGAAGCCUCUCUCUCCUCCAGGCUUUUCUCAGUGGGGGGAGGAAGGAAUGGGUUCGCUCUGAAAAACGCUACCAUUGAUUGUGCCAAAUAAAAGGUUUCUCAGAAAGACAAA